CAGUGCUCGGGCUUUUCCUGAUUGUGACAUUCCUCUCCGCCUCUGUCAGUGAACACACUCCCUUUGCUGGAGAUACAGGCACAUUGGGGGGAAAUAGAGUUCACCCUCCCCAUAAGGUGACUUUAAAGAGAUUGACCUGACCUUUCCAGCCAGGAUCUGUUUGUUUUCCUACCCCCGAGCAGCCAGCUCCGUCUCUGAAGGAGGGGUGGUCCCCUGUUCUAUGGCCUUCCUGAUGAUGAAGAAGAAGAAAUUUAAGUUCCUGGUCAGUCUGACGGUGGUGCAUCUCUCCGCUGUGCCGUUUAUCAACGGGAUCCUGUAUUGCAAGAUCCGCUUGCUGGACGGAGGAUCUUUCAGGGAGGAGUCCACCCGGCAAGAGGUGCAGGAAAAUUGCGUGCAAUGGCGAAAGAAGUCACGGUUCAUGUGCAAGAUGAGUGCCAGCUCAGCCACGGGGGUCUUGGACCCCAGCAUCUGCCGGAUUUCCGUCCGUAAGGAGCUGAAGGGUGGGAAAUCGUUUGUGAAGCUGGGAUUCGUGGACCUGAACCUGGCGGAGUUUGCGGGCUCCGGUUCCACUGCUCGCUGUUACAUCCUGGAGGGUUACGACACCAAGAAAACGCGACAGGACAACUCCAUCCUGAAGGUAUCCAUCAGUCUUCAGCUGUUGUCCGGUGAUCCCUGUUUCAAGACGCCACCCUCCACAGCACAGCCCAUUGAGGUCCUGGGGCGGCAGGAUUCCCUGGCUCCGGACUGCAAGGGAGAUGAUGGUAAAGGGAGCCCUGUGUCAGAGGAUGGCUCUUCCAAACUGUCGAGAUCCAGGUCCUUCCUGGCUGCAGCGGGUGUGGUGGAGGAUUUGGAAAACACUACCCAUGUUGCUCCGGAAGAAAUGAUCCGACAAAGGCAUUCCCGGAAUUCCAGUGCCUGCAGCCAAGUAUCAAAGUUUUCAGGUUACAGCUCCGAGUGCUCCCCCUCCGUCUCCCGCUCUGAGUCGACCCACCGGCGGGAAGACUCCUCCGGGAGCAGCGGCCUCGGGAGCAUGGCUGACGUCCGGGAUCUCGGUCCGGAGAAAUCGACGGUGCCCUUCAGACCACCGCUGCGUUCCGAGCGACUGUCGAGGCGGAAGACCGAAGCAGCAGAGAGCCGGCCCACGCGGGUGGAGGACACGCGGGUGGACGCGGACGACAUCGUGGAGGAGAUUGUCCGGAGUCAGGACUUCAGCCAGUCCAGCAACACGGAGGACAGCGGCCUGCAGCUGUACGUGGGUCGAGAUGGCACAGUCCGACUGGGGGGCGUGCAGAGCGAGAACAGGUGGUGCGACUACAAGCCAGUGGUUAUCGAGAGCCACUGAACUGACCCGGGCGGCGGAUAAUCCUGAUUUUCCUUCCUUCGUGGUGUUCUGUUUGUCUUUGCUGCUCUUCCAGCAUCGCGUGUUCCGAAGGACCGGGAAUUCCUGACUGGGAAAGCCACGGAAAAGGUGGAUGCCAGUGAUCCUUUAUUCUUUUUAAAGGAACAAUAAUUCUUACUGAGAGGACCUAGCCGAAAGAAAUGAAGUGGCCUUGGAUUUCUGGAAUGACUUGGGUUAAACUAGGACAUGUGUAGGGGUGAGGGAAAACUUGGAAUUGUGAACUGGGAUCCAGUCCUGAAUAUGAAUGAAUAUUAAUUAAUAACUGCAUACUAAUAGUUGUAUAUAUUAAUACAUGGCACAUGAUGCUCUGAAGAGUUUGCCGAGGCUUAGACCUGUAGCUUGGCAAUGAUCAUGAACCAUAGCCUUCUAUUUAUUUUGAGGUUUAAGGAGAUGUAGCGGAGGGAACCAUUUAAGUCUUGAAUGUGGGGUUUGAGACAUGUACCAUGUGGUUUUCUAUGAUGCAAGAGAAUUGACCUUUGAAAUCUUUUUAAAAAUUCAAGUCUACUUGCUCGGGAGUGCAGGGCAAGUGGACAUGCCUAAAUGGUUGCAGGGAAUGUGGCUGUAUAUGGGUGACAAUAAAUCUAUGGUGACCUCCCUUUUACUACUUUUGAGCAGUAUUCCAUCUCCAAUACUUGAACAGCUCUAGACAUCUUGGAGGUAAAUGAGGGGAGCGGCCUCUCUCUAGUGCUCCCCGAUGACAUUUCCUCUGUUGUUGGCCAGGGUUAGUGCAUCCCAAGCUUCCAGUUUGUUCCCAAGGGAACUCUGGAUAAUUUGAGAUUUCCCCUUGCAAGUGGCCAUCCUCUCUCGCCCUGCAUUGCAGGGGAGGGGUUUCGCAUUUUCUACCAGGGAGGGCGUUCUUAAGCGGCAGUAGUUACUGAUGGGGUUAACACCGGAUUCUGCGGAAUUUUGAAUUUUAAUUUGGAUCUAGAUAUAUACCCAUUGCCUUCUCUUAUCUCGCUCCUUCUCACUUCCUGUCACCCAUGUCGUUAUCAUGAAUUUGCAAACCAGACCCUGUCGGAAACAGGAAAGGAAAUACAGUUUGUGGGUUUCCCACACCCCCCACCUUUUAUGUUGCAAGCUCAUAGAUUUCUCUUGGAUUUUUUUUUCUGUUUCCAGAAACAUAUGACCGCACCAAUUCCCGAAGCCUAAAUCCUGGAGGGUUUGUUAACGCUCGUUUCAGAUCCCAUGACAGGGUUGAGUGUUUAUUUUUUGGAUUCUGGUGUAACAGGUUUUGAUGGAGCAGGAGAUUGUACAUUCUCUGUCUCUCUCUUUCCUCCUCUCCCUCGCCCAUGUGGAUCUAAUCCUGACAGAGAGGGUCAGUGUGCAGAUUGAGGACUUUAUAAUAAGUGUGAGAAAGGAACUCUGGUGAGUGCCCAUUCUAACCUCCCCAACCCUCCACAUCAAAGUACAGGGAUGCUGGUGUUAAUGCAAUCACUAAUUUAAAAACCAUGACAGCUUAACAACAUCCUCCCUGGUAGAAAAUACCUUCCUUUUGAAGUUUUGUGCCAACUGAAGGUUGUUGAGAAAUCAUUUUGAGAGAUCAGGAUCUUUUGCAUUAGACCACCCAUCAAAGAAGUUAAGAAUAAAUGUAUUCUGAAGUUUUGAAUGAUAUGGUGGAGUGGUGGUUCAGUGUUAUGAUAUUCCCCCUUUUUAACCCAGUAUUUAAGAUUCUUUUUAAUAAGAAAUCCAAUUUACAGCGAUAGUUUUGGGAAUGAUUUUUCAAUCCAGACAGGAGGAGCCAGGUACCUGGGCUCACAUCCUUCCUGGUUUAGUUUGGCUUCUGUGUGUGUGUUCGGUAGUGUGGAGUUCCACUCCAUGCUGUCCCUCCCUUACUCAGUUCCCAAAUAGUUCACAUCUGAAAGGUGGGAUCAGCACUUAGUGUAAUUUUAAACUAGCUUAAAAGUCGAGUCAACCGAGUGAAAGAUGAUAAUUGAGCCUGUUAGACUUUAUUUCAUUCCCCAGUAGCGACAUUUAAAGGUGCCAUUCUGUAAAAUUUUCAGAAAGAAAUUGCAGGGGGAUUUCCUCAUUUUUGAGGAGGAGGCUGGAGUGAAACUUUCUGGGAAACCUCUGGUGUUACUUCCUCUUGCACAAAUAAUAUGAUGAGUUUGAGUGAUUUGUGCACAAUAUUUUGUUUUCUUUCCACUUUAGAGUGUUUGCUGGGGAUCCUUUUUCUUACGGAGAUCGUGGCCCCUUUUAAACAACGUGCAUUUUUAUAUUAAAGCUGUUGAGGAGAUGCAGACUUGAGGUUACUUUCUGCCCUUACCAGUGAAAGUUUUCUAGGUGCUUCUGUACAGUGCUGUUAGUUGAAAUAUUGUAUGAGAGUGGGCUUGUCUAUUUUUUUACAGUGAAUAAUUUUCAAUAAAAUGUGGGUUUUUUAAAAGAAA